AGUUCAUGUGAUAGAUAUGCUCGAAGGAGAUCUAGAACCCUGGCAGGAGAUGGCCACAAUGGUACUACCUGACGAUCUGGUGGUGGAGAUCCUCUCUCGGCUGCCGCUGAAGUCCUUUUGCCGCUUCAAAUGUGUCUGCAAAUCUUGGCUUUCCUUCUCAUCUGAUCUACACUACCGACAGAAGCUACCAAGAAAUCCUAUUGGUCUAUUGUACCAGAAACGUGAGCAUGGCACUUCCAUCCAUCUUGCCGGGCUUCCCUCAGGGGAUAGGGAUAUUGACACAACACUUAGCUUUGUGCCAUGUCAUAAGUUCCCCUUAGAGCUCAAGGAUUGCAGCAAUGGACUAAUUCUUUGUUACCAUGGUGGUAUUAUGUACUCUGAAGGAAUCUCUGACCCCAUUGUGUGCAAUCCAGCAACUCAAGAGUGGAUGGAAAUUCCAUAUGCUGAGCCUGGAACAGCCCUCAAUGAGAUUAAUCUCAAGUUGUGUUUUGAUCCUUUAUGGUCUCAACACUUCUAUGUCUUCAAAUUUGAGUCGAGCCCGAGCCCUGACCCAGAUCAUGGAACCUCCACUGAAGUUAAGGUAUUUUUCUCCGAGGAUUCCACGUGGUCUACUUGUCUUUGGGAAACUGAUGAUGCAUUUUGGGGUGAUUCACUUUUUGUAAACGGGGUGUUGUAUGUGGGGCACUUAUGGGGGCAUUGCCUUCUGGCGCUCGAGGCACCUGGCACACGUACACAGUUGCUCAAUGACAGGACAAUUCAGCUACCAGGAAUUCCAUAUGCAACAGAUCAGAAGUUUUACUGCUAUGACGGGUGUCUUUGCCAGUCAUCCGGGGUCUUGUGCUAUGCACAACAAGAAUUGGAUGGUUGUAUGCUGCGAAUCUGGAGUUUGGAAGGUGCUGACAGGUGGGUCGUGAAGCAUCGUCUAAGUGUGAAUGAUGUAUUUGGGAGGGACAUGCUGCUCCGUACUAAUAGCCGAGGAUUGUGGUAUUUUGAUUAUGAGAUCCUGGAUUUUGACCUGGAGAGAGAGCUGGUUAUCCUUGUUGACCUAACUACUGAUAAGGUGCUCUCAGUUAGCAUUAGCACCGGAGAAGGCUCUGAGAUUCUAAAGGUUCCAGGUUUCUUUGAGCUGUAUCGAAGUCUACUCUAUGUGCCAUACUACUGCAAGCAGCUUCCAGCUUCAGUGCCUCAAGGGGCUCAAGACUAAUGUUAGCUUGUAAAUAUUUAUCCUAAUGAAUCAUGU